ACCACCAGCAACAGGCAACAUUCAUUCCUUUCAUUGAACUGGCUCAGCGAGCCCAACCUUCCUUUUGGCAGUUUUGAUCUUCGGCACCGCGAACAAUCACUUUUCCGCACGACAAUUCAAGAGCAUUCGACCCUCAUUCAUUGCUCUUUACCGGAUUUUGAUCUACUUUCAUUUUACGUUCUGAUACACCGGCUGGAACACCACGCACGUGUUUCCCACGCGGCACAGCAUUCACAUCAGAUACCCGCCAAGUUAGACGCAUUCAAUCAUCAUGAAGUCAACUGUUUUCGUCGCUAGCCUCUUGGCCUCGCUCGCUGCCGCGCAGCCCCACGGCCACGGCCACGCCCACCAGCACCGCAGGAAGGAGCACAGCCACAACAAGCGGGGCGUGGUCACGACCUGGGUGACCGAGACGGUUUACGAGACGGUCACCGCCUACGUUGACGACACCACCACCGAGCUGGUCAUGCCGAGCACCAAGCCGGCCAGCACCACCUUCUUGACCUCGACCACGCCCGCGGCCAGCCCGGGAGUCUUCAUCCAGGAACCUGAGACAAGCUCGACGACCUCGACCAGGGUGCAAGCUCCCCCGACGUCGCAGGCGCCGCCGCCGCCUCCGCAGUCCCCAUCGCCCAGCCCCGAGCCAAGCCCCAGCACUACCAGCGUUGCGGCGCCGCCUGCGUCAUCGUCCGCACCGCCCACUGAAGCUCCUGGCGGUGACGGAUCUAGUGGAUCAGGCGGCCAGGACACCCGCAGUGGUGAGAUCACUUAUUACGCCCUCGGCAUGGGCUCCUGCGGCGUCGAUGACAGCGGCAAGGACAACUCCGACAACAUCGUCGCUGUCUCCUCGUCCCUGAUGGGUGCCCAGUCCAACGGUAACCCCAUGUGCGGCAAGACCAUCACCGUCAAGGCCAACGGAAAGACGGCCCAGGCCGUCGUCCACGACAAGUGCCCGAGCUGCGCCCCCAACGACAUCGAUGUUUCCGAGAAGCUCUUCCUCGAGCUCUUCGGCUCGCUUGAUCUUGGUCGGGGCCAGGUUGAGUGGUACUUCAACGAAUAAGCCCUUCAUUUCCUCAUCUCUUCCCUUUCUUUUCUGAGGGCGAUAUCCUCCCGGGUGGAGUUGAUUUCCGCGCAUUCCGGGACAGCGGCGAGUUGGUGAUUUGGAUGAUCUCAUCCUCCCAACCGGGCGUUAUGAUGUGAUCCCAAUUUGCUCUGCUUUACCAGUUCCAGACGUGGUGGUACAAGGAUAUACCCUUUCUUUUUUUUCUCUCGGAGGCACAGAACGGCAAAAAUCACAGCUACAUUUCUGGUACAUCGUUUCUUUUUUUCAUCCGGAUCGCUCCUAGGCAUGGAGCCAGGAAAACAAACAAAAUGGAAAACAGGGCGCCGGUAUUUUCGUCCGGCUGAUAGACUUCUCAUUCGUUGUACAUAUUUUACAAAGAAACAGCGCGGUACCGAAAAUUGGACUGCUCAUUUACAUGAUGGC